AUGCAUUAUGAGGAGGAGUUUUGGAGACAAAAAUCUCAUUUUACUUGCUUCUCUGAGGGGGAUAGGAAUACAAGGUUUUUCCACAAUAUGGUAAAUGGUAGAAGGAAAAGACUGCAGGUCAAAAGGAUGAAAAAGCAAGAUGGAAGUUGGAUUGAGGGGGAAAAUGCUCUAGCUGAGGAAACAACUCAAUUUUAUCAUCAUCAUUUUACAGAGGAGGAUAUCUCCUCAGAUUUCUCAUUGCUGCAACAUGUUCCUAAUAUGGUUACUCAGGAGAAAAACCAGAUACUUACCAGCAUUCCAACUCUAGAAGAUGUUAAGAAUGCAGUGUUUGAUCUAUCAGGAGAUAGCUCAGGGAAGUGUAUCAUUGAGAAUGUACUUUUAACUCAAGAGGUGGUUUCAGAUGUAAGACUUAGGGGAAAACCAGCUAAUGUGGUGCUUAAACUGGACAUGGCUAAGGACUAUGAUAGAGUAUCAUGGGAUUUUUUGGCAAGAGUUCUGAGGAAAAUGGGAUUUGCAGAAGUAUUUAUAGAUAUGAUAUGGAGAUUGAUAGCAAACAAUUGGUAUUCAAUUCUAUUCAAUGGACAGGCUUCUGGAUUUUUCCAUUCAACAAGAUGUGUUAAGCAAGGAGAUCCACUCUCUCCUGCUUUGUUUAUUUUGUCUGCAGAAGUAUUGUCUAGAGCAUUGAACUCUUUAUUUGAGGACAAUGGCUUUAGAAGCUAUGGAAUGCCUAAAUGGAGUGCUAAUUUGAAUCAUCUUGCCUAUGUAGAUGAUACUAUUAUAUUUUCAUCUGCAGAUGAUAAUUCAUUACAGCUGAUCAUGGGAAUAUUACAGGAGUAUGAGUAG